CAGGAAGUAUCUCAUUCUACCCUGAUAGUGUGUGUGUUUCAGAGUCAGGGUUUCUAGUUUCAGGUGUUCUCUUGGGCUGACAGAUCUGCAAAAGCCAUGUCCUGCAACAGUGAAACUAAUGCAAAGCGGAUGAUGGUGGUUAUAUCCAUGGUGGAAGAGUGGUCCUCUCUGAAAAAUCUGCUGCAGGUUAGUUCUGAAGAUAAUGAUCACCAGGUAGUCUUUAGUUCUCUGGGACCAAACCAAGUCUGCGACCUUAUAGUGGAGGGUGACUCUAUCAGCUUGCACUAUGCAGGAUUAAAAGAAGACAUGACAGAGGAGGGCAUCUGCCAGGUGAUAGAUAGCUGCUUUAAGUCCUGCAGUGAUGGAAUCUGUACAUUUCUCCUGCUGAUUCAAGGUGGAUGCUACACAAAGAAGGAAAGAAGAUUGAUAGACAUCCUGCAGACACAGUUUGGAGCUGAGGCUUUAAAAUAUCUUGUUAUUCUCUCUGUGGAAGAUGGAAAGGUUACUGACACACUAGAUGACACGCUCUUGGAUUUAAUAAAUGAUUGUGAUGGCAGAUACUGUCGAAUAACAUCAUCUACUGCAAGUGGCGGGCUGCAUUCAUUAUUCGAAAUGGUGAGCUACAUGCUGACUGAAAACUGUGUGGCUGGUUACACUGAAGCCAUGCUAGCUGAAUCAAAGAGAAGGUGUGCAGACGACUCGGCCAUGAACAUGCUUAAACAGAAGGUGGAAGAAUUAGAAGAGAGAGUGCAGGCUUUCCAAAAACUGGUUCAACAACAAGAGGUGAGAAGAGCAAGAGAGUUGGAGGAGCUAAAAACAAAGCAUGCUGAGGAAAGAAAGAAGGAAACAGCUGAAAAGCAGAAAUAUGACGCAAAGAGAGAGAGUCUUCAUGAGGCUGUAAUGAGCCACAGAGCCAUGCUGCAGCUCCAGAUGAGAGCAUCUGAUGUUUAAGAUGAUGAAGCAAAGAAGAUAUCUGUCAUUCUGUUGGGCCUCUCUGGCAGUGGGAAGUCUUCUGCUCUAAACCUAAUUCUAAACAGGGCUGGUAAUCAGUACUCAGUCAAUGGGAACAAUAACGAACCAGC